AUGGAUGACAUGCCGGGAUAUAUGCGUUUCUGCUUGAACACAGGGAAGCUGGUUUUUUUGGCAAUUUUAGUCUCGGGAGGAAUUGUCUUACAAAUUUUGGCUUGUGCUUUGUAUAGUAAUUGGUGGCCGAUGCUUAGUGCGAUAUCGUAUGUGCUUCUUCCAAUGCCUUUGCUGUUCUUUGCUGGGUCUGAUGGUUCUUCCAUGUUUUCCGAAUCUGAUAAUACCUGGGUGAAUAUUGCCAAGUUCUUGACAGGAGCCUCAACUCUCGGAGGCAUUGCCAUUCCGAGCAUUUUAAAGCAUGCCGGGGUGAUCGGUUGGGCAGCCUUUGCAAUGGAACUCUCUUCUUUCUUUGUGUUUGUAUUAGCUAUAUUGUGUUACCUGGGGAUGAGCGAGGAAGAUAGUUAUUACAGUAUGCUAUGA